GUGUUAGAUACAGCUGACAGCUUCAUUAAGCACAGUACUGGUGAAUAAGCUAGCUAGCCAGCCUAAAUCACCUGCACUUUGCUUAUUUCUGCAUGAAAAUAGAUUCACUUCGUUUCUCUACGCUGAAUGAACGUUUAGAUCCAGCUUCCAGCUCCCGUGGCUGGUGAAGCGUUCACGAUGAGUCCUCCGAAACGGCCCGAGGCAUCCCCGGCCCCAUGUCAGCAGGCAUCCCCGGCCCCAUGUCAGCAGGCAGCCCUGGACCCGCAGGGCACACUUAGCACCAGACCACUGCUGGGUCUCCUUCAGUCUGCCCUGCCCUCCCUAGGUCUUCUCGUCCCCAGGGCCUAUGCAGCUGACAGUGUCGUAACUGAGCCUGUCCCAGAGCACAUUCCCUCCCAGACUACCGCUCUCUUUCCCAGCCUCGUGGGUGAGCCAGAGUUUCCGGACUCUGGAUGGGACCGCAUCAAGGAUCUCUUCGACACAGAUGAAAUGCAGAGUCUUCCAGAGGAGCUGUCCAGUGUGGUGAAGAGUACCUUAACUGCCGCUCUGGCAGGAAUGAUCUACGGAGGGCUCCCUGCCGCUCGGCACGCCAGGGAGAGGUUCAUCCAACUCCACCAGGCUGAAAUAUACCAUAGUCGCGUGGAAGCUGUGCGUUCUGCCCAUAACGCUGCCAUCCGGGGCUUUGUCAGGUACGGCUGGAGGUGGAGCUGGAGAGUAGCUGCCUUCGUCACAUUAUUCAACACUAUUAGCACAGGCCUGUCUGUGUACAGAGACAAGUACACCGUCAGUCACUAUUCAGCAGCAGGAGCUCUGACAGGAGGCCUGUUCAGGUUGAAUCUGGGUCUGAGGGGACUGGUGGCAGGAACAGUCAUUGGAGCGACCAUGGGCGUGCCGGCCGGAGCUCUGAUCAUCGCCAUGCAGGGAUUGGCAGGAGAAACGUUCCGGGAGAGGAGGAGGAGGGAGCGCAGGGAGCUGUACGAAGUCAAACUGGCGGAAUGGAAUGCCCGUCUGCAGCUGACCGAUGACCUCAUUGGUGAUUUGAGCCGCAGCGGACGAACCCAAGACGCGGACAAGGACAUACAGAAGAUCGUGGAGCUGCUUAGUCUACCAAGGAACAAGGGCGUGGCCCAGGACUCUGACAGCCAAUGACAGCAACCAAAACAAAAGGACUCUUUAAUCAUAGGCUUCCGUGCACGCAUGCAGUGGUGGGACUCCGAUCAUCCCUAAAAGGGCCUAUUGGUCAUUUAAUGGUGAAUGCUGAAGGGGACUCACUUAUUUCCUCAUCAAAAUGUGUAUUUAUAGUGAAUUCUGAUUUAAACUUCAAAUGUGA